AUGCCUCUCAUCCAAAUGCCGAUUCAUCGAUUCCAAAACGACAUCCAAAGCCUGCCCGACAAAUUGGCAGGUUUCAAAUCGAAAUAGCUGAAACAGUUCGUUCAGUACCUUUUGUAGCAUAUCAGUUCUGUCCAUGUAAGCAAGAGCUGAUAUGAGAAUUUGUUCUUCAUUGGCAUUACCUGCAAUCUAUUUUCAAACGAUUUAUUUAAAAAGUAGAAAAUAAUUCAUAAUACUAACCAAUUUAGAAGGAAUAUCAUGUCUGAAGCACGCAGCAUGCAUCGUUUCGUACAAGCCCAAAAAAUGAAAAGGAUUAUCCACUCUGGAUAUCAAUCCGGGAAUAUCUGAACCUCUGGCUUCAUUCGUUUCAGAUACUCCUGUACCAGCCAAGUUAGUUCCGGAAAUAUCCAAGGACAUCAAUUGAGGCAAAUUAUUAACAAACGCUGUUAAUGUAGCAGUGGGAUCAGGAAAUUUUCUGUUGUCGUCUUUACUUUGAGAUACAUCCAAGUGCGUUAGAGUUUUUAAUUUACAUAUUGCUGGCAGCAUUUCGUCUAUAUUACUGACGUUAUACAAAAUAAGUGUGCGUAAACUUGUUAAAUGUUCUGUGUAAGUGAAGUUGUCUAGAGAGUCACAAUUACUUAGGUCUAAGUGUGUUAGUUUGUUCAUGGGGUUCAAGAGCAUUUGAUAGAAAAAGUCUGGUAAACCGUGACAGUUUUUUAAGGCAAAUUUUUGUAAAUUUGGUGUGUUGAAUAUAAAAUUUUGCCCACAAUUAUCGUGUAUAUCUAUAAAAGCGUAAAUACUCAAUGGAAAUAUAUUUACAUCGUCUCCAAUUAUUAAAGUUACCAAACUAGCUCCAUAAGUACUAAUAUGCUUUAUACAAUUAUGUGUCAAUUCUUUACUGCGAACCAGCUCUAAUUCUCUAAGCUGAUGGCUCAGUAAAACUUCCAAAUCAUGAUCUAGUAUCUUGCUUUUCCUUAACCGCACCCGUUUCAACCUAGUAUUGUUUGUAUCUUUAAAAAUAUUUAUAAAAUUCGAAUCUAUACUUUGCAAACUUUGCGAUCUAACUGACAAGAGCUUUUCGCAUAUUUCUACAGGCAAUGAAAUAUUGUCUUUGAGUUUUAGGUAGCCCGAAUAACCAGUAAAUUCGCAUAUCGAUUCUAGUUUUUUAUUGAUGUAGUUAAAGCAUAGAUCUAGCAACUUUUCUGUAGCCGAACUGUUGCAAAAGCAACAGGCCUCCGACGGUAUGUUGGGGCAAUGACGACAUUUGCUAUUAGUGUCUUGUAACAUCUGGAAAUUUUAUUUUUCAUUUAUUGGGUAACUUGUAUUGCAAAAUUUAUAUCAUAAUAAAAAACUUACCUCUUUUAAAGAAUUAUUUCGAUAUUGACCACAUGACAACUGAAUAUUUUAAUUAUUUCAAAUUGAACUUAUUUAACUACGAACGAAUAUUUGGAAUUUUAAUUUGAAUUAAACAAGUAAUUCACAGAUGUUUUGGGAAAUUAAUUUAAUUUUUUUCUUUUUGUUAUGAAGUUUUUGUUUUUGACAUUUGACCAGUCAGCUGAUUUUUGAGUGUUGACAAUUGUUUAGCUGUCAGAGGAUUAUCAGAACUAGAGGAAAAUGAUAUGGAGUUAUUCUCUCUUUCUUCAAUGAAUACCACUAAAAAAAGACAUGUAAUGAUAAAUGGAUUUAUAUUCGGAACUUCCAAAAAAUUUCAAUUAUUUUUAUAGGUUAUAUGAAAAAUAAACAUUUUUCCAUUUAAAUGAAAUCACAUUCAAAUAAAAGGAAAAUAAACACCCUGUGUAUCCUACUAGCGAUAAGAUUCCCAAUGAGACACGCUUUCACUGAAAUUAGAUCACAAUAGUUGGAUUUUUACCUACCAGAACAAGUAGACUAUCGACUACUGCUGGAGAAAAGUUUUGUUAUAAUGUCAUAUAAAGCAAAACUGAAGGAAUUCGACCUCAUAUUAGAGCAGGACGUGGUUAAACUUGAAGAUUUGAAAAAAUUGUCCUUUCAUGGUAUCCCUGAUGAUCAAGGAAAAAGAGCACUGUGCUGGAGAAUCUUAUUAGGCUAUUUACCUGAAGAAAGAUCAAAAUGGAAAAACGUUUUAACGGAAAAACGAAAAUUAUACAAACAAUUCAUAGAGGAAAUGAUUGUGAUGCCAGGCGAAAACGAAAGUAACGGUGACGUCACUCAAGGCGAUCAUCCUCUAAGUAUCAAUCCAGACAGCACAUGGUCUACAUAUUUUAAAGAUAACGAAGUACUGCUUCAAAUUGACAAAGAUGUACGCAGAUUGUGUCCAGACAUAUCAUUUUUCCAACAGCCAACUGAAUUUCCUUGCGAGGAAAUCGUCAACAGUAAUGACGUCAAAAGACUGCACACCAGAGUACAAAGGCGAAUUUUAGAUUGUGCUAAUGUCGAACGGAGAGGAUUAGGAAUAACAAAAAUAGCUCUCUUAAUUAAAAAGGCAUGCGAGGAUUAUGCGCCAAUGGAAGAAGGCAAAGAGGCGCAUUGGGAAGUGGUGGAGAGGAUACUUUUUAUUUAUGCUAAAUUAAAUCCUGGACAAGGUUAUGUUCAGGGGAUGAACGAGAUUAUUGGGCCAAUUUAUCAUUCUUUUGCCAUGGAUCCUGAUCUAGAAUAUAGAGAGUAUGCAGAAGCGGAUAGUUUUUUCUGUUUCACAAAUCUCAUGUCAGAAAUUCGGGAUUUUUUUAUCAAAAGUCUAGACGAAACGGACCACGGCAUUAAUAGUAUGAUGAGUACGCUGAUGAUGAGGUUGAAAACUAACGAUUUGGAUGUUUGGUUGAAAUUUCAGCAGCAAGAUUUGAAGCCACAGUAUUACGCUUUUAGAUGGAUAACUUUACUACUGUCUCAAGAAUUCCCGUUGCCAGACGUCCUCAGGAUAUGGGAUUCGUUAUUUUCAGACGAAAAUCGCUUCGAUUUUCUGAUUUAUGUUUGCUGUGCAAUGAUCGUCAUUAUGCGAAAUCAGCUUCUAGAUUGUGACUUCUCAUCAAACAUUAAGCUCCUACAAAACUUUCCACCGAUGGAUGUUCAAAUCAUACUCUCUAAGGCUGUUGAAUUGUCAAAAAAGCCUAUUUUUUGACUUGGUAAGAGCUUCCUAUUUAUUAGAAUUCUUUUAAACCUUUAAAUAACAAUUAGAAAAAAUAUAUUGUGAUGAAUUGAUGUAAUCUAUUUUUGUAUAUUUUUAUAUACCUAUGUAUUUUAGUUAUUUUUUUUUUAAUAGGUACCUAAUUAAAAAUCUUAUUUUUCUGUUAAGUAUAUUAGAUAGGUAUCAAUUGCUUUAAUUAUUAUUGAUCCAGAACGUCCAUUAACUAUGUAUUAUUAAAACGCAUUGUAUUAAAUAUUCACAACAUAAAAAUACUCUCUUAAAAGGCUAUGAUGAAGGUACGGAAUUAAAAAUAAAUACAGGUACAUAAUAUUCAAAAUCUCAAAAAAUUGCACAAUAAUAAAACUGUAUUUUACUAGAAAUAUUGCUAAUUUUUAGAA